AACAGCCAAGGAGAGGCCAGCGGCACUGACGCGCAGACUCACAUCCGCGGCCGCCCCGCGCGCGCCGCCGCGGCCCCCUCCCCCACGCCACGGUCUUUCCGCGGUCGGUCCCCGCCCCUUCCCGGAGCCCGCCUCCGCGUCUGCUGGCCCGCCUGCUCGUCCCUUGCGCUCGCUCUCGCGCGCACCCGAUGCCCCGCCUCCGCGCGUGCUCAAUAACUGUUCCCGGAGCCGGCCUACAAGCUUCCCCCGCCCCUGAGCUGUUUGAAUAUGCUAAUGAGAAGCUUGGGAUUAGCCAAUAGGAUAACGGGGCGGUGCGUCACGUGGCUCGAGGACGUGUCAAGGGGCGGAGCCUCUGCAGACCCUGCCCGAGUUAAAACCGGAGUGUGAGAGAGAAAAGCGCUUCAGUAGCGAGAGGGGCUGAGAAAGUGGUGACACCGCCGGGGUGCGGAGGGAGUCCCUGAAACUUCUCCCAACAGCCCCAGGGCCAAUCUCCCCUCAGCCCACUCCCCUCUUCGCCAGCUCCCAGGUCCCCACUCCCUGUACCGGGGGUGGGGUGGGGAGCCAGGCCCGUCUCCCGCUGGGACACACACAGGGGCCGGGAGCGGGGACGGGACCCCCGAGGCGGGGGGGACGGACGGACCGACCGACAGACAGACGGCCGGGCGCCCGCCCCAGCGGGCAGGCAGGCAGGAGGAGGCGGAGGCGGGGGUACGACGGGGAGGACUGGGUCUGGGGAGUUUCCUCUCAACUAUCGGGGGAGAAACUCCCCGCAGCCGGAGGAAAGACCCAGACGGUGUUUUCCUCCCGGGGGCCGCGCUCCCCCGCCCCGCGUAGCGGCGGUCGCCGCCGCCGCCACCGGCGCCUCCACCUCUACCAUCUCCUCUUUCUCCACCUCGGGCCCCGGUGUCCCCGGCCAGCACUAUGCCCAUCUUACUGUUCCUGAUAGACACGUCUGCCUCUAUGAACCAGCGCAGCCAUCUGGGCACCACCUACCUGGACACGGCCAAAGGCGCGGUAGAGACCUUCAUGAAGCUCCGUGCCCGGGACCCUGCCAGCAGAGGAGACAGGUAUAUGCUGGUCACUUUCGAAGAGCCGCCCUAUGCUAUCAAGGCCGGAUGGAAAGAAAACCAUGCAACGUUUAUGAAUGAACUGAAAAACCUUCAGGCUGAAGGACUUACGACUCUUGGCCAAUCCCUAAGGACAGCUUUUGAUUUAUUAAAUUUAAAUAGAUUAGUAACUGGCAUAGACAACUAUGGGCAGGGACGAAACCCUUUUUUUUUGGAGCCAGCAAUAAUUAUUACAAUUACUGAUGGGAGCAAGCUGACUACUACCAGUGGAGUCCAGGAUGAGCUUCAUUUACCUCUUAAUUCUCCUUUGCCUGGAAGUGAAUUGACCAAGGAACCUUUUCGUUGGGAUCAGAGACUCUUUGCACUAGUGUUGCGGUUGCCUGGCACCAUGUCAGUAGAAUCAGAACAGUUGACAGGUGUGCCUUUAGAUGACUCUGCGAUCACACCAAUGUGUGAAGUGACAGGCGGCCGUUCAUACUCUGUAUGUUCUCCAAGAAUGCUUAAUCAAUGUCUGGAGUCCUUGGUACAGAAAGUGCAAAGUGGGGUGGUAAUAAACUUUGAAAAAGCAGGACCAGAUCCUUCCCCCGUAGAAGAUGGGCAGCCAGAUAUAUCAAGGCCUUUUGGAUCACAGCCCUGGCAUAGCUGUCACAAACUCAUAUAUGUGAGACCAAAUCCUAAAACUGGGGUUCCUAUAGGUCAUUGGCCCGUUCCAGAAUCUUUUUGGCCAGAUCAGAAUUCUCCAACACUACCACCUCGUACAUCUCAUCCUGUAGUGAAGUUUUCCUGUACAGACUGUGAACCGAUGGUUAUUGACAAAUUGCCUUUUGACAAAUAUGAGUUGGAACCUUCGCCACUGACUCAGUUUAUCCUGGAAAGGAAAUCUCCUCAAACAUGUUGGCAGGUAUAUGUGAGCAAUAGUGCAAAAUACAGUGAGCUCGGUCAUCCCUUUGGUUACUUGAAAGCCAGUACAGCACUGAACUGUGUCAACUUAUUUGUGAUGCCUUACAAUUACCCCGUCCUCUUGCCCCUUCUAGAUGACUUGUUUAAAGUACAUAAAGCAAAACCAACAUUGAAGUGGAGACAGUCAUUUGAAAGUUAUUUGAAGACAAUGCCUCCCUACUAUCUUGGGCCUUUGAAGAAAGCUGUUAGAAUGAUGGGAGCACCUAACCUAAUAGCAGACAGUAUGGAAUAUGGACUUAGUUACAGUGUCAUUUCAUACCUCAAAAAAUUGAGUCAACAGGCCAAAAUAGAAUCUGAUCGAGUCAUCGGAUCUGUAGGCAAAAAAGUAGUACAGGAAACUGGAAUUAAAGUCCGAAGCCGAUCACAUGGUUUAUCAAUGGCUUAUAGGAAAGAUUUUCAACAGUUGCUCCAGGGAAUUUCAGAGGAUGUUCCUCACAGACUGCUAGACCUUAAUAUGAAAGAAUACACUGGGUUCCAGGUUGCUUUGCUCAAUAAGGAUUUGAAGCCACAGACAUUUAGGAACGCGUAUGACAUACCAAGGCGGAAUCUUUUGGAUCACUUAACAAGAAUGAGAUCUAAUCUUUUGAAGAGCACCCGCAGAUUUCUUAAAGGACAGGAUGAAGAUCAAGUGCACAGUGUUCCUAUAGCACAAAUGGGGAAUUACCAGGAAUACCUCAAGCAAGUACCUUCUCCACUAAGAGAACUUGAUCCUGAUCAGCCUCGAAGGUUGCAUACAUUUGGCAACCCAUUUAAGCUAGAUAAAAAGGGUAUGAUGAUAGAUGAAGCAGAUGAAUUUGUGGCUGGACCUCAAAAUAAACAUAAACGACCUGGAGAACCAAAUAUGCAAGGGAUCCCUAAAAGACGUCGCUGUAUGUCUCCACUGCUGAGAGGCAGACAACAGAAUCCAGUUGUGAACAAUCAUAUUGGAGGAAAAGGACCACCUGUACCUAUGACUCAAGCACAGCCAGAUCUUAUUAAACCCCUUCCUCUUCAUAAAAUUUCGGAAGCCACUAAUGAUUCGACAGUAGAUGAUGUGGUUGAAAAUCAUGUUGCAGACCAACUUUCAUCAGAUAUUACACCAAAUGCUAUGGAUACUGAAUUUUCAACUUCUUCUCCAGCCAGUUUACUGGAACGACCAACCAAUCAUACAGAGGCGCUUGGUCAUGACCAUUUAGGAACUAAUGACCUCACUGUUGGUGGAUAUUUAGAAAAUCACGAGGAGCCAAGAGAUAAAGAACAAUGUCCUGAAGAGAAUAUACCAGCAUCUUCACUCAACAAAGGAAAGAAAUUGAUGCAUUGCAGAAGCCAUGAAGAGGUCAACACUGAACUAAAAGCACAAAUAAUGAAAGAGAUCCGAAAGCCAGGAAGAAAAUAUGAAAGAAUCUUCACUUUACUGAAGCAUGUGCAAGGCAGUUUACAAACAAGACUAAUAUUUUUGCAAAAUGUCAUUAAAGAAGCAUCAAGGUUUAAAAAGCGAAUGCUAAUAGAACAACUGGAGAACUUCUUGGAUGAAAUUCAUCGACGAGCCAAUCAGAUCAACCAUAUUAAUAGCAAUUAAAAGAAAACAGAAUGUGGCCACUUAUUUCACUAUCUUCUCCAAAUACAAAGUAAAUACAAGACUGUUGUGAUCUUGAAUUCAUUUUUUGACAUGCAUUGUUGGCUAUUUGAAAUACUAAGAGCAAGUCUACAGAUCCUUUUUCCAUCAUUUUACAGUGACCUUUUCUUCAUUUUGGUUUAUUUUUGUAAUGUGAAAAAUAUCACUCUAAAACACAUUUUUAUUUAACAAACUAAAAAUAUUCCUCCAAAUCUCUUGCUUGUCAUUGACUCUUGCGUGUCAAUUUCCCUCAGGUUCUAUUUUCUUAAACCAACCUUUAAAAUUGUCACCUCUGUUAAGGUUGAACUUUGCCAAAAAAAAAAAAAAAAAAAAGUUACUUUGUAAUUUUUGGGGAAAAAAGCACAUACAUUAAAACUAGGUAAUGUUUUGUAUAUACAGUUAUUUUGGAUAUAUUAUUGUAAGUUGUACAAAUGUAUUUUGAAGAAUAUUUAAGAAAAGCACUUUUGUUAUUCCAUCAAUAAAUGCUCUAUUUUACUCUUGUGUGGUUUAGGAAAUAAUCACAUUUAAAGUAAUCAUUUAAAACCAUCUUAAGGAUAAUGGAAUUUUAAAGGCCUUGCUUUUUAAGCAUUGGACAUACACCACUUGAAGUUCAUAUUUGUUAAAGCUAACUGUAAUUAUCUGUUACAUAAUCUGCAUUGUCUUUUUACUCUAUGUUCUUAGAUUUUGUUUGGCUACACCAACAUACUCCCAUUUCUGCCUAGAUAAUAGAAAAGAUGGGAUCUGUGGCAAAUAGGCAGACACUUUAAAAGCUGUUUAAAACGCAGACAUCUUUGACAUUAUUGGUUUCCUUACUCCCCUUCAACGUCUUUUUCCGUUCUCACUAGGAUUAUGGGUGGCACUAAGUUGAAGCUGCCAGUUAGGGAGGUGUAAGUUUGGGGCACACCACAUAGUCUGAAAUGGCCAGCCUUUAGCAGCUUGAUGCCAUGCUUACAGAAGUCCCACAACAAAUUGGGAGUUCAAAGGGGAUCUCUUUGUUUUCCUCUGCUGUUCUUACACUUAAACUCUUCAUUUUGUUUAGAAGCUAAAUGGAAAGGAAACAUUUAAGAUGACUUUGCUCAUUUUGUAUCCCCCCUGAAAUACCCAGGAUAAGGAAAAACCAACACUAUUCAUUGUCCACUCUCAGUCCAACGCGACCUCAGAUGACUUCACUGAGGACGUUGACCCUGUGACCAGACUCCUCACUCACCUUUCAUAGAUCACUGCUGUGCCUUGUAGUGCUUUUGGGGUAACCAAUAGAAAAGAAGGUUAAAAUACAUUUAGAUUAACAGAGGGCAAAAUAAAUUUAUAAAAUUAUAGUAAAAUUGAUGGAAUUUUAGUUUCAUAAUAUUUGAAAAUCACAUACCCUUAUCUUUUUACACUUUCGCGGAACAUUUUUAAAAUUUCAGGGGUAUAGCAGAAUGCAAUUGUAACUUUUUAUGAAGAAAAGCAUAGUUGACAGUGGAGAACAUGCUUGAGAUCUCUUAAUUUAGUCUAGGGGAUUUGAAACGCUCCCAAUACUGAAGACAAAUCCUGUCAAGAAAAAGAAGCAUUUAAUGUAACGUUACAUAGUAUUUUCAUAUGCAAUUCUUUAAACCUUUUUUACCUCUACAAAAUACCUUUAAAGCAGGAUAUCAUUUCAUAGAUGGAAUUGUCAAGGUAAUUACCUGCAGUCACUGCUAAAUUCAGGAGCUACACAAAAUCCAGAAUAUAUUGUCUGGAUUUAAUUGUCUUGAAUUAUGUAUAUUUAGAUUCUGAGAUUAAUAGAAGGGAUUACAAGUCAUUCGGAUAAAAGUUCAUACUUAACAAGAAUAUUUAGGAAGGGGAUUCAGUCUAUUCUGAUGUUUAGCAGCUUUCCUUAUCAGGAAGUUCUUAUUUCCAUUUUAUAGAUUGCUCCGGAGGUGAUCAUCUUUAAACCCUUCACCUUGAUUACAUUCUGGGGAUGAAUCUGGGAAGAGCAGUUUGUUCAGUCUCCUCUUUCUGUCCUUAAUCUCUCUGUCACCAUACUCGAUAGCCUCAUCCAAAACCUAGUCAUAAGGUUUUCAAACUAAUCAAAACUCAAGCUUGAUAUCCCAUCUCGAAGGUUUUUUACAUUUUAAGAAACUGGGCAUAUUAGUUAAAUUAGUGAAAUACUAUAGAAUUCUUGUAAGCAACGGGGGGUUGAAUUUAAGGGGAAUAUCCUGUCUUUUUUGGCCUUCUAGGUCACUGGGUGACUUUAGGCUGGACAAAUGAUAUUCUCUAACAGUUUAAUCUUGAGAUUAAGAUCGUUUUUCUUAACGUUCCCAUAUGUGUCCCAUUUGUCAAUGGAUUCAUUAUUUGCCCUUAUCAGUAAGCUGUGUCCAUUUGGCGUACUGAAGGCUGAGACUGAUUUCUAUCUCUUCGACACCCCUCUCACCAGGAGAGUAGUCACUGUGCCGUGUGUGGUGUGGGCAAGUACCUCCCAGAAAGAGGUAAAUAAAUUCACAAAGACUAUAUAUUCAGAUGUGCGGCGGAUUAUGGAACUGGUUUUGGAUUAGCCUUUUAUGUUCAUGUGUUUACUGAGGCAGUUCUGAAAACUCGUAUCAUCGAAACAGUGGUGUGUCCUUUACUAGUGCAGAGGUUUUACGUCAUUGUUACGCAGCUGAAUUCCAAAAGAGAUAUCGGUCUCUUUAACUGUCAUCAACUUUUAUUGGCUAUCAGCUUUUGACAAUGACCUUCCUAUUUGCAUUUAGUCCUGUCUCUGUUUCUUGAGGGAGUAGAGCCUGUCACUUUUUUCAUCUUUCAUUUUUUGGACAUGUAUCCUUUCUAAGAGAGGGCUCUCUGUUGCCUGUUCUGAGUGAUAAGUGACAAUUUCAUCUAAUAAACAUGGGGAUGGAAUGAUCAUGGUGAAAUCCUAGGAGGAUAUAUUCUGUUGAUGGACUUUUUCUCCCCAAAUAAUCCCCCAAUAGAUUAUUUCCUAGUGAAUGAUUAUCUUCAUCCUUUUUGUCACAAAAGUGUUCCUUUGAUUUCCAGCACAAGUUACAGCAGUAUGCAAAUGAUUCUCAGAUAAAAUGAUGUUGACAGUAUUUCCUUAACAAUUUGUGUAAAACUUAUGCGUAAUUUUCAUUAUUCUAACUUUUGACUUUUUUUCUCUCCAUAAAUAAAAAUAAUGCCUGAUGUUUAGUUAAA